AUGUCGGGAGAGUGCGAUCUAAAUGGAGUUCACCAGUUUAAUGGAGACACGCUUGAAGUGACAACAAAAGUGAAGGCAGACUUUGAGAAGUUUGGAUAUAUCGUAAUAAGAAAAUUGUUAGAUGCAGAAGAAGUAGACAAAGUUUUCAAACAAUUUGAAGAUCCAACUACUGCGGAGCUUUUAAACAAAAAUAAAGUGCAGGUUUCUGAUUGUCAAGGCCGAGAGGCAAAAUUGACCAUAUGGGGUCAUCCAGGCAAUGAUAUAAUUGGAAUGGUCAGUAGAUCAGAAAAAGUGGCCGGAACAUGUGAAAAGUUACUUGGAGACGAAGUGUACCACUAUCACGGAAAAUUAGUAACUAAAGAGCCGUUUACUGGUGGAGCUCAUUUGUGGCAUCAAGAUUAUGGAUAUUGGUACAUAAAUGAGUUUUUGGAGCCUAACAUGAUGACAGUAUUUAUUGCCUUAGAUAAAUGUGAAAAGACAAACGGAUGUUUACAAAUAGUAGAAAGCUCCCAUAAAUGCGGACGUCUGGACCACAAAUUAGAAGGUCAACUGACUGUCACUGAUCCUAUCAGACUUGAGAAAAUAAUGGAUCGUUUCCCGAUGAAAUACUGUCUUCUUAAUCCAGGAGAUGCUCUAUUUUUUCAUUGCAAUUUAUUGCACUGUAGUGGUCAGAAUAGUAGUGCAAACAGAAGAUGGGCUUUAUUGACAGCAUACAACACUGUGCAAAACCGAUCUUGUAAACCCCACCAUCAUCCACAAUAUCAACGCUUAGAGAAAGUAUCAAAUAGUGCAAUUAAACAUUGUGAAAACUUAACUGAUUUUACGAAAAAAAGGAUCCUAGUUCCAAGGACGCUUGAUUCCAAACAAGUAAUUUCUCAAAUGCCAGAAGAAUGCAAAGAGCAAGACAAGAGGACAUAGUGUUUCGGUUUAUUGCAUGUAUAAUAAUUCUGGAAGCGAUAUAGAGUUUUAAAAAAAAAAUAUACGCAUCAAUUGAAACUAUCUAGUUUCAUG